AUGCCGACCCUCAGAAACGGAAACCUCUCAGCACUGCCCUGGCGGGAGUUUGUGCUGGAGGGCUUUAGAGGAGGGGUGGAGAUUCAAGCUCUGCUCUUUGCUGUCUUCCUGGCCCUCUAUGUGGUGACUGUCCUGGGCAAUGUCACCAUGAUCGUGGUCAUCACCCUGGAUGCCCGCCUGCACUCCCCCAUGUACUUCUUCCUCAAGAACCUGUCCUUCCUGGACCUCUGCUACUCCUCCGUCAUCGCCCCCAAUGCCCUGGCCAACUUCCUCUCCUCCAAGGCCAUCAGCUUUAGGGGAUGUGCCACCCAGCUGUUCUUCUUCUCCUUACUGGCUACCACUGAGGCUUUCCUCUUGGCUGUGAUGGCCUAUGACCGCUUCAUGGCCAUCUGCAGCCCCCUGCAGUACCCUGCGACCAUGUGUCCUGCUACGUGUGUCCGCCUAGUGCUCGGAGCCUACUGUGGAGGCUGCCUCAACUCCAUCAUAGAGACCAGCCUCACCUUCCAGCUGCCCUUCUGCAGCUCCAACCGCAUCAACCACUUCUUCUGUGACGUGCCCCCCCUGCUCCGGCUGGCCUGUGCCAACACGGCUCUCAACCAGCUGGUCAUGUUCGGCAUCUGUGGGCUCAUCCUUGUGGGUGCGAUACUAGGGAUCUUGGUCUCCUAUGGCUACAUCGCAGUGACCAUCCUCAGGAUGCGCUCAGGAUCUGGGCGGCACAAGCUCUUCUCCACCUGUGGCUCCCACCUGACAGCCGUGUCUCUGUUUUAUGGAACUGUGUUUGUGAUGUACGCCCAGCCAGGAGCCGUGGGGUCCAUGGAGCAGGGCAAGGUGGUCUCGGUCUUCUACACCCUGGUCAUCCCGAUGCUCAACCCCCUCAUCUACAGCCUGCGGAACAAGGACGUGAAGGACGCCCUGAGGAGGCUGGGACAGGUACACAGCCAGGCCGAGGAUGGUGUCCCCUGA